GGAGGAUUUAGUGAAAUUCAUAAAGCUAUCUGGUCAGAUGGACCUAUUUUUAGUUGGAAUUCUGAUGAACAACAAUGGAAUAGACAAACAGAUUAUGAUGUUGUUCUUAAAAUACUUAAUAAUUCAUCAAGUUUAGAUAGUAAAUUUUUGAAUGAGAUGAGUUGUGCAAAAAAAGGAAGUUUGAGAAAAUGUUUAUCUGAUAUAAUUAAACUUAAGUGGCAAGAUAAGUUACAAUUAUUGGAAAAAAUUAUAUUGGGACUUAAAGUAAUUCAUGAAUCAAAUUUGACUCAUGGUGAUUUUCAUGAUGGUAACAUUUUAAUUUCAGAUAAUCACAAUGAAAUAUUUAUUAUUGAUUUAGGAUUAUGUAAACCUAUAAGUGAUUUUCAAGAUUCCGAUAAUAAUGAAGUAUAUGGAGUUAUACCUUAUAUGGAUCCUCAAAUAUUAAGAAAUAAACCCUAUACUCCAGCAAGUGAUAUUUAUAGUUUUUCAAUGAUAAUGUGGGAAUUUACAUCAGGCAUUCCUCCAUUUAAUCAUGAAGCACAUAAUCAAGAUCUGAUCUUGAAUAUUUGUGAAGGAAAACGUCCUGUAAUUGUAAAAAAUACUCCAAAAUGUUUUAUAGACUUAAUGGAAAAAUGCUGGGAUUCAAAUCCUUCCAAUAGACCAACUAUAACAAUGCUUGAACAUAUUAUAUCUGAAUGGAAUAGAUGUAUUAAUAAAUAUUAUGAAAUAAACAGUGAUGGAAAUUAUCAAUAUAGAUUUAGUAAUACUAAUUAUAAUCAAUUAGAAAGUGAUAUAUUAGGAUUUGUAGAAGCAAAUGAAGCUUUAGCACAAGAACAAGCAAAUACUUCUAAUAAUCAAUUAGAAGUAAACAAAGCUUUAGCACAAGAACAAGCAAAUACUUCUACUAUGCAAUCUCAUCCACAAGCAUAUUAUACAAGUCGAAAACUUACUGAAAUUUUCUAUCAAGAUGAGACUGAGGGUUUGGAACUUGCAAUUAAAGAUUAAUAAUCCUGUU